UGCAUUGAAUAGGUUCACUUUCAAUGCAGCUGCGUUUCCACCACCCUCUCCCAAAUUCGAAAUGGGUAGCCGUUGCCUGUAACAAAGUAACCUGUGACUUGAAAAACACCUAAUUCCUCCUGUAACUUUCUUACACUUUACACAAGUUACAGGCAUCCAAACGGCCCCUAAGCCGUUACCCCUAAGCUGACUACGCAGUCCUUUCAGAGAGAAGGUGAGGAAGAGGAGGCUAAGAAAGAAGAGCACUACCACAACAACAAAAAGAUCAUCAUCAUCAUUGUAAUAAACGGACGGCGGAGAAUGAGCCUGAAGAGCCUAUUGGCCACAGCGGCCAUGAAGGGAGUGACAGAGGCGAGGGCGAAGAUAUUUGGGCACGUGCUGAACCCAACAGGGCAGAGGUCCCCACACAAGAUCCUAAGGAAGAAGUUAAUAGGAGAAAAGGUGGCCCAGUGGUACCCGCACGACAUCAAGAAAGACGACCCCCUCGUCAUGGCCAAGCAAGAGCAAGAGCGCCUAUCUAAGCUGGAAAUGUUGAAGCGUCGUGGGAAAGGUCCACCCAAGAAGGGCCAAGGGAGGCGUGCCGUUAAACGUAAUAAGUGAGAAUACUACCAGUUUUUUGGAUGUGUAAACAUCACAUAACCUUUCAUUUUAAAUAUUUGAGGGCAGGUUGGAUGGCAUUUUCAAGUUCCAUAGUUUGCUUUAGAUCUUGUUUUAUUCCAGAGCUUGUUAGUGCUGCCUAAAACUUUAUUGUUUUUUCUUUUGGGGUGUUUGGACUGAGAAAAUGCUUUUGAAAUCGGAUAUGUCACUGUGUGUAAAAAGAAGUAACUGUGGAAUUUGAUUUUCAUUUCCAUGGUUUUACUGAAAAGACAUGGAUAUCGAUUUCUACCAGAAAACAUGUUAAAAUGUUGGUUUUCAAGGUUA